CGCGCGUCCUUCUGAUUCCGCGUCUGUUCCACACAAGCGAAGAUCAACAAGUUUCAGAACACAAACAGAGUGUUUAAAGACAGAUCUGAUUAAAGUGAAAGUCCUCAGGACAGAUGGAGGUGUGUGUAGAAGCCAAGCGGGUCAUGGUGCAGGCUCUGAGCAAAAUGUACAGCUCCCGAAACCAGCGCGGAGGAAUUCCGCUGCACCGCAGCCUCCUGCUCACUCUGGUGAUGAGAGCCGCCCGGGACGCGUACCAUUCCGCCCGAGGACCGGACCGAGGACCGGACCCCAGCGCGCAGGGGGAGAGGAGCGCGCAGGCGGACAGGAGCGCGGAGGGGAACAGGAGCGCGCAGGGGGAGAGGAGCGCGCAGGCGGACAGCCACACACAUGAGGAGCUCAUGGACACGGCCGAGGCGCCUGAACCUCCGUGUGCGCUCCAGAGCGGCGAAAGGACUUUAAAGCAGCACCGCACCGCAGAUAAAGAGAACUGUAACACCACCGGGCAUCACGCACAGUCCCGGAAACGGAGAGGGAAAAGCGGCUCGGAGCCGGACUUCCUGCCCUGCAAAAAGGCGAGACUGGAUCCAGCGGAGCUGCGGCGGGUUCUCCAUGACUCCACUGCGCGGAGUCUCUCCGGGAACUGCGCUCGGGAAACCGACCCUCUGUCAGCUACACACAUGCCCAGGACUAUAGCGACAUGCUGAACAGACUUUCCGAGACUGUGUGUGUGUGUGUGUGUGUGUGUGUGUGUGGGAGCGCACAGUCUCUGGAGUUCUGACUGUAAAAUCCAGCCAUUAUUUCGGAUUUCUGGCCCAAACUCGACCCUGAAACCUUCAUCGGAUCUGAGGUGAGGUCAGAGGUGGCGUGUGGAUGACGUCAUGAGGUGACAGGUGAUUCAUCACGCACGCGGCUGCUUUAGAAACUGUGACAGAGACAUGAGUCAGAGCGCGUCAUCAUCUCACUAUCAUCACCAUCAUCUCACUAUCACCACCAUCAUCUCACUAUCACCAUCACCAACCAAACCCAAAGUUUCCUGGAAACAAGCUCAUACAUGUUACAGCUGUGUGUGUGUGUGUGUGUGUGUGUCAGAUUCAUGACUAAUCUAAAAAAAAAACCUUCUGACUGAAGGAGUGAAUGAAGUGAAUCUUAUAAAGCUGGUUUAUUUAUUGUACAUAAACUUUGUUAUAUUUCUGUUCAUCACUGUUGUAUAACCUCGGAUGAGCUGCUACACCUGACCACGUGGUCACUACCUCACUUUUGUAUAAUAAAAUGUUUUGAUAAGACAAA